AUGGGAUAUCGUUGGUGUGGAUUUAAUUUCUAUCGUCUCUUGCAUGGCGAGACUUUUCAUGUGGUGGCAUAUGAUUUUGGAAUCAAGCACAAUAUAUUGAGGCGAUUGGCAUCCUAUGGGUGUAAAAUCACGGUUGUUCCUUCAACAUGGCCAGCAUCUGAGACUCUUAAAAUGAAACCAGAUGGGGUACUUUUCAGCAAUGGACCAGGUGACCCUUCUGUUGUACCUUAUGCUGUUGAGACAGUGAAGGCUAUUAUUGGAAAUGUUCCUGUUUUUGGAAUUUGCAUGGGACAUCAGUUGCUUGGUCAGGCCCUGGGUGGGAAGACAUAUAAAAUGAAAUUUGGUCAUCAUGGAGGAAAUCAUCAUGUUCGUAACCUCAGAAAUGGAAGUGUUAAGAUUAGUGCCCAGAAUCACAAUUAUGUGGUUGAUCCUGAAUCACUUCCAAAUAGAGUGGAAGUUGACUGUUAG